UCCCCUUCUCCCCCAUCACCGUCACCACUCUCCUCAUUGCCGCUCUCUCUGCGAGCCAUGACGCAGCAUUAACACACACUCGUUUCUGUUACUCUCGCUGUCGUCGGCUCUGCUCGUUGGCAUUCUGCUUAGCACUUUGUUUCGUUCUUCGUUCUCUUUUAAUCCGUCAUCUUCUGCAAUCUGCUGCCAUUUGUUCGACUAGGUAGUGGUAAUAUACGGACAGCUUUUUUUCCCUCGCUCAACACGUCGACGUACAAUUAAUACACCAUCUCGUUAAUCGGAUAUAUCCCUCGGCCUCUUCCUGGUGCUUGUGCGACGCUCCUCGUUUCUCCCUCUCAUUAUGCGCGCAACCUCCCUUCUGGCCGCCGCCUUGGCCGUGGCUGGCGAUGCCCUCGCCGGCAAGAUCAAAUAUCUGGGCGUCGCCAUUCCCGGAAUCGACUUUGGCUGCGACAUCGACGGCAGCUGUCCGACUGACACGUCGUCUGUGCCCCUGCUGAGCUACAAAGGAGGAGAUGGCGCCGGCCAGAUGAAGCAUUUCGCCGAAGACGACGGCCUCAACGUCUUUCGCAUAUCCGCUACAUGGCAGUUUGUCCUCAACAACACGGUGGACGGCAAGCUGGACGAGCUCAACUGGGGCUCCUACAACAAGGUCGUCAACGCCUGUCUCGAGACGGGCGCCUACUGCAUGAUUGACAUGCACAACUUUGCCCGCUACAACGGCGGCAUCAUCGGCCAGGGAGGCGUGUCGGACGACAUCUUUGUCGACCUCUGGGUCCAGAUCGCAAAGUACUACGAGGACAACGACAAGAUCAUCUUUGGCCUGAUGAACGAGCCGCACGACCUCGACAUUGAGAUCUGGGCGCAGACGUGCCAAAAGGUCGUCACUGCGAUCCGAAAGGCCGGCGCCACCUCGCAGAUGAUCCUCCUGCCCGGAACCAACUUUGCCAGCGUCGAGACGUAUGUGUCCACUGGCAGCGCGGAAGCCCUCGGCAAGAUUACGAACCCGGAUGGAAGCACCGAUUUGCUGUACUUUGAUGUCCACAAGUAUCUCGACAUCAACAACUCCGGGUCGCACGCCGAGUGCACCACAGACAACGUCGACGCCUUCAACGACUUCGCGGACUGGCUGAGGCAGAACAAGCGCCAGGCCAUCAUCUCCGAAACGGGCGCGUCCAUGGAACCUUCGUGCAUGACUGCCUUCUGCGCCCAGAACAAGGCCAUUAGCGAAAACAGCGACGUCUACAUUGGCUUUGUGGGCUGGGGUGCCGGCAGCUUUGACACGUCGUACAUCUUGACUCUGACUCCCCUCGGCAAGCCCGGCAACUACACCGACAACAAGCUCAUGAACGAGUGCAUUCUGGACCAGUUUACCCUCGACGAAAAGUACCGUCCAACACCCACCUCAAUUUCCACAGCGGCGGAAGAGACGGCCACGGCGACAGCAACCUCUGACGGCGACGCGCCAUCCACUACGAAGCCCAUCUUUAGGGAAGAAACCGCCUCUCCCACUCCCAAUGCUGUUACCAAGCCCUCGCCCGACACGAGCGACUCUUCCGACGACGACAAGGACUCGGCAGCAUCUAUGAGUGCCCAGGGCUUGACAGGCACGGUGCUGUUUACUGUUGCUGCCCUUGGCUACAUGCUGGUAGCGUUUUGAUGUUUUUUUUUUAAUGAGUUUGUAUACCUAAUGAGCAUGAUUGAGAUGCUACGUAGUAUAUAUGUCUUUACGGGUACAUAAGACUAGAGCCAUGUUGUAAUCAGUUGUUUUCCUUUCGCG